AUGGUCGCGCUCGACUCGAACAUACUUAUUCUUGGCGCGUGCGCGUUCGCAGCUUAUCGUGUCUGGAUCAUCGUGUACAAUCUAUGUUUCAGUCCGCUGGCCAAGUUCCCUGGUCCAAAACUGGCCGCAGUAUCUUACCUUCCAGAGCUAUACUACAAUUUAUUCGCCGGAGAAGGUGGUGAAUUUCCUUUCAUUGUCCGAGAAUGGCAUGACAAAUAUGGCCCAAUCGUCAGGAUCAACCCACAUGAGCUCCAUGUCCGAGAUUCGAGCUGGUUUGACACCUUGUACAACAACUCCCGACCGGCUUGGAAGAUCAAAGGCUUCGGCAUACGGUUUCAAACCCAGCAUACCGCCGGCGGCACUGAGGAUCCAGCGUUGUUCAGACCACGCCGAGCAGCACUGAAUCCCUUCUUCUCGCGACGAAGGGUCGCGCAAGACACGCCGCGCUUUCAGCAGAAUGCCGCGAGGGCAAUGCAGAAGAUUGAAGAGGAGUAUGCCAGCACGGGUGAUGUGCUGCACCUUAACAGCUUAUGGGGUUGUUACGCUGCAGAUAAUCUCGUGAACGCCUGCUUCGACCAAGAUAUCAAGUUUCUCGAGAGUCCCGGUUUCCGUGCGGACGCGAAUGAGGCGCUGGUCGAAUUGCUGGGAGCUGCGCAUGUGUUCUACCACUUUCCAGCACUCAUGUUUCUGAUGAAGAAAAUUCCAGACAGAAUCAUGCUUUGGCUUAACCCAAGCAUGGCGCCACUGCUGAAGUUUUGGGCUUUUCUUGCGGAGAACGUCAACAAGGUGCUUGCCACACCGGCAUCAGCAAAGAAGGAAGGCGACCGAACCAUCUUCAGCGCGUUGCUUCAAGGAGCACUUCCACCCGAGGAAUUGUCGUUUGAUCGCUUGCACCAGGAGUCCAUUGCGAUCAUUGGUGCCGGAGUGGAAACGACUGCUCGGUCUCUCACAAUAGCCUGCUUCAACAUUAUCGACCAGCCCGCAAUACGCAGUCGCCUGUUCGCUGAGCUGUGUCAAGCUGCUCCCGACGAUUCUGUCAUGCCAGACUGGGACGCCUUGGUGAAGCUGCCGUAUCUCUCCGCGUGCAUCGAGGAGGCGAUUCGCCUGACCUAUGGCGUCUCCCAGCGCCGAGCGCGAGGAUUCUUCGAUGGGCCUCUCAUAUACAGAGACUGGGUGAUCCCGCCCGGCGUCUUUGUAGGCAUGGACAACUAUGAUGUUGCACACGACGAAAGCAUCUUCCCCAAUUCACACUCAUAUAUUCCUGAGCGCUGGCUGGGCGAGCCGCUCGCCCCAGAUGGCCGACCAUUGAAAGUGUACCAGGCUGCGUUCGGCAAAGGCACACGAAGCUGCAUAGGCAUCCACCUUGCAUAUGCUGAGCUUUACGCAGGCCUGGCGCAAUUCUUCCGCUCAUCCCUGGGUUCGCGGGCGAUGAUUCACGAGGGCGAUAAAUCAGACUUGGAGCUGGUCAGAGACCAAUUCGUGCCGCGGCCGCGAGCCAGUAGCGAAGGGAUCAAGCUCAAAUUCGGUCCCGUGGAGGAGCAGUAGGAUUCACAAUGUCAUCGAAGGCAUUGUUGGUGGAUGCGAACCGUCGUAUGGAUGUUUCCAAUUAGCACUUUGUUGGAGGAAGAAAACCAACACGAAUCCGCGUACACAAUGAGCACAGACCACAGAC